AUGAACCUCUGUUCCAAAUGCUUUGCUGAUUUUCAAAAGAAACAACCAGACGAUGAUUCCACUCCAAGUACAAGUAACAGCCAAUCAGAUUUGUUUUCUGAAGAGACCACCAGUGACAACAACAAUACCUCUAUAACCACGCCAACUCUUAGUCCCAGCCAGCAGCCGCUUCCGACAGAACUGAAUGUAACUUCACCAAGUAAAGAGGAGUGUGGGCCAUGCACAGACACAGCUCAUGUCUCGUUAAUCACACCAACCAAAAGAUCCUGUGGUACAGGUUACGUGUUCUGUAUGUUACAUCGCCUCCCCGAGCAGCAUGACUGUACGUUUGACCACAUGGGCCGAGGCCGAGAGGAAGCCAUCAUGAAAAUGGUGAAACUGGACCGGAAAGUGGGGCGCUCCUGCCAGCGCAUCGGGGAGGGGUGCUCGUGAAGGCCGCCGCGGCCGCCCGUGACGCUGUUCUUAGUUCACGGAUGUUAGCCUUAUUAGGACAGAGUCAGCCAGACACCUUUCCCGGGCACGCGUCAGGCCACAGCCAGCCCGUUUCCUUCCUUUAGCCGGCCAUCCUGGUACUGUAGUUUAGGGGUUGAUGGUGGUUGGAAUUGAUUUCUGGCUGGUUACUAAGGUGCCUGCUAGCCAUUGUAUAAAAUUAAAACAUGAAGAAUAUUUUUUGAGCAUGGCUAGUGGAUUUAAAACAACACACACCUGUCACUGCUGGAGUCAAACUUACAAAAAGCCUUAAGCGGAAAGGGUUCCAGGCGGAGACUCUGAGUUAGUCGAGGAGUAGAAGCUGGUGUUCAGUCCCCACACCGCACACGGCUCUGCCAAAACUCUGGUUCAUGUCCGGCCUUUCACCUCCUCACUUAUCCUUAGUCCCAGCAGCAGGGUGCCUGGAGGCCACGCUGCCUUGGCCACAGGAGGCUGCUGAGAUCUGCCACGUGCUCGGCUGGGUGGUGGCCUCGCUCUCCCACCGAGCACAUUGGGUGGGGGAGCAGGUUCUUAGGAAAAUCUUCACAAAAUUUUUUACCUGACUUGUUAUGAAAAAACUCAUCACAUGAGAAGAGAAACAGUAACCUCCCUUUGAAAAUUAGCUCCACUCAAGUCUAGUCCGUCCACGAGAACCACCUUUCUACACAGGACCAGGCACGAGAGGCCGCCGGGGCCGCCCGACCCCCGGCUCCGGUGUGCCACUUGCCAAGUACAGGGCCUGGCAGUUGAUCACAUGAGGCUGAUUGCAGCGCAGCAGUGCGGCUGGGUCCUCAUCGGCCUCUGCAGCCCGAGUUCUCUAUUGGGGGUUUUUUAAUGACGUUUCAUAGCCCACAGGAGCCCCUGGGAAGCUGCUGCCCAGACUCUGCCCCUUCCAGCAGGAGCCUGCUUGGCCCCAAGGGUCAAGGGGAGGAUGGCCUCGCCCCGUCUGCAGCCCUGUCAUCCAGGGACAAGAGUCCACACCUGCCACACAGCAGGGUUAGUGAGGGAGGCAGCGUGUGCCGCGGGGCAGCGGUGUGUUGUGUACAACUGUGGUUCGUGGCCGGGGCCAGGCUCCGAGGGAGACAUUGGCUCAGCAGGUGGGGGCACCUUGCUCAGCCUGUGCCUCGUCACAUGGGCAGACAGUGCAGUAGCUCGGGCGGGUGGGGAAGCGGGUGGGCCUGUUUUCCCACGUUAGGAAUCAUACCAGCCGGGUGGGGGAGGGUGGCAGACAGGAUAAGCCGAGCAGGUGUGCGUGGCCCAGAGCCCCUGUCACCCAGGCGGUGAGAGCCGAACGCUCCUGCAGGGGCAGUUUGGAUCUGUCCGCCCGCAGGCUGUGGGAAGUUUAACCCAGCAACUUGCCCUUUCGUACCACAAGCAGGUCAGCUCUGUCUGCCAAGUAAUACCUGCAACUGGGAAUGUUCUUUGGUCCAGAAUCCGAAAUAUGAAUCCGCUGCAAAAUCUCCAGCCUUAAUUCUUGCUUCAGGACCCAGACCGGUGUCUUGCUCUAGGGCAGCCCAGGGCAGAGGGGCCGGGUCUGCCCACGUUUACCACUGUUGUCAGGCCACGGCCUCCGGCCAGUCCCACCAUCCUCAGUGAGCUGGCCUCGGCCCACCACGCUCUGCUCCCUCAGAGGCCCCGAGCGCCCCCCCUCCUCAGGCCCCACCGGCUGCUGCUUGGAGGCAGCGAUGGGGAGCCCAGCACACAGGCUCGGCCUCACUUCCUGGGGGCGGGGUGGGGGCGCUUGUUCCCUGCAGUAUCUGUUCUGUGAAGUUUGUUAAAUGUAAGGAAAGCUUAAAUUCUUGUAUCUUUAAAGAGAAAUCUUAUUUAACCCUUUGUGUUCUAGAUUUACUUACACAGCCUAGAGCUCGGUUUUAGUUUUAACAUUGUGAAAAUAUUAAAAGACUUGUAACU